AUGGCCGAUAGCGUGGAUCGCAUGCUACGUUGUCUUGCUGGGUUGCCGCUGCUAGUGGUCCGCUGCACCAUGGUUUGCUUCGAGAUCGUGGCGCACUUCAUCAUCGUGCAUAUUCACGGCCACGAGUUCCCUUCGACGGGGGCCGAGUCUCCAGCCCAGGCGAGUCCGCCGCAGCUGCAGGCCGAGCUCGGCCCGUGUCUGUGGGGCGCGCUGCUGUCGGACGGCUACUGCUGCGACGGGGCAUCCGACUGCUUUGCCUGGGGCGCCCUCAUCCGCGGCGACGACGUGGCGCGGCCGCUGGUGGCGCGGACGGGCCUGGAGUGCAGGCACCUCUGCCAGGCAGAGCCGCGGUGCUCGGGGUGGACCUUCGUGCUCCCGAGCCACGCCUCUGCGGAGCUGCGCCACUCGUGCUGGCUGAAGGCGCGGGCCUGGAGCGAGGACGAGGCAAGCGGUGCAGGCGAGCCCGGGGUCGUGUCAGGGUCGCGGCACUGCCCGCCGGGCCACGAUAGGGUGCUGCUGAGCCUGCGCAGCGGGCGCACCAUGGACCUCAGUCAGGAGCCUGGCGGCUCGGUGGUGAGGCCGAGCUGGAACCCGAGCGGCUACGUGCGGGAGGCUGCGGAGUCCAUGCGCAGGGCUGGCUGGACCGUGGUGCGCGGGGCGCUGGGCGCAGAGGCUGCCAGGGCGCUGCGCGCCGCGAGCGAGCGGGUGAUGCUGGAGCUGCUGCGGCGGGACCCCGAGCAUGCCGGGAACCGCGGCCCGCGCCGCUACUCGCUGGGUUCCGCCUCGCUCACGCACCACAUCGCAGGCGGUUUUUCUCUCCCAAUCCCCGAGUUCCGCCCGAAGAGUUUGGCCGCUCAGAAGAAGGGGGAGGCUCUGGGGUACACCCCACGGGGGCUAUUCGGACGCACCCCCAUCGAGGAUGGACGCCCUCCAUCGUAUAUCCCAGGGUUGGGCCCAAGUUCCUGGUCCAUUCGAAAACCCCACGAAGCCUGGGAUAGGGGUGGACAUAUCCCCUGUUCAUGGUGCACCUGCCCGAGUGGGCCGCGCUGA